AUGAUAAUUUCCCAUACUCAGGGUGUGGCUGGCAUCCUCUUUGGGAGUGACUGUGGCUUCUGGGAAGAGGUUCCAAUGGAGGUCUAUAUUUGGGUGGACCUGGUUUCUGGAAACAGCCCUAAGUCCCUGGGAGGACAGCUUGGGGUGGCAGAAGCCCUCUGGGGUCAGGAUCAAGAGGACAAGGGGGAUGGGCACCNACCCUCCAGCACCACCGCCCCGAGGACUAGCAGCAUCUCUGCACCCUUUGAGGCCAAGGCCCCCAGCCCCCCAAACUUGCAGUUGUCAGCUUCCACCCUCCUCUCCCCAGCUUUUCCAGGCUCCCAGACCCAUUCUGGGCCUGAGUGCGGCCCUGUCCCAAGCCCUGCUGUCUGGCCACCAGCACCAUCUCUAGGCUUUUCUUCUACCAAGAGCCCAGAGAACGCAGUGUCCUUCCUGCAAGGGAACCACCCCUCUUCAUUCUGCUGGCCUCUCCAUGAGAUUUCCCAGGGCACCCACAACUUCUCAGAGGAGCUGAAAAUCGGGGAGGGCGGCUUUGGGUGUGUGUACCGGGCCGUACUGAGGAACACAGUGUAUGCUGUGAAGAAACUGAAGGAGGAGGCAGACCUGGAGUGGACCACUGUCAAGCAGAGCUUCCUGACCGAAGUGGAGCAGCUAUCACGGUUUCGUCACCCAAACAUCGUGGACUUUGCUGGCUACUGUGCUCAGAGUGGCUACUACUGCCUUGUCUAUGGCUUCCUGCCCAAUGGCUCCCUGGAAGACCGCCUCCACUUCCAGACCCAGGCCUGCUCUCCUCUCUCCUGGCCUCAGCGCCUGGACAUCCUUCUGGGCACAGCCCGGGCUAUUCAGUUUUUACAUCAGGACAGCCCUAGCCUCAUCCAUGGAGAUGUCAAGAGUUCCAACGUCCUUCUGGAUGAUAGACUGAUGCCCAAACUGGGAGACUUUGGCCUGGCUCGUCUCAGCCGUUUUGCAGCAGCCAAUCCUGGUCAGAGCAGCACCGUGGCCCGGACUCAGACCGUGCGCGGCACCCUGGCCUACCUGCCCGAGGAAUACAUCAAGACCGGGAGGCUGGCCGUGGACACUGACACCUUCAGCUUUGGCGUGGUAGUUCUGGAGACCCUAGCUGGCCAGAGGGCUGUGAGGACACAUGGUGCCAAGACCAAGUACCUGAAAGACCUGGUUAAAGAGGAAGCUGAGGAUGCCGGGGUGGUCCUGAAAAGCACCCAGACCACACUCCAGGCAGGUCUGGCCUCAGAUGCCUGGGCUGCCCCAAUCGCCACCCAGAUCUACAAGAAGCACCUGGACCCCAGACCUGGCCCAUGCCCACCCGAGCUAGGCCUGGCCCUGGGCCAGCUGGCUUGCUGCUGCCUGCACCACCGGGCUAAGAGGAGACCCCCCAUGACCCAGGUGUACGAGAGGCUGGAGAGACUUCAGGCAGCAGUGGCAGGGCCAUUCCUGGAAGCAGAGGCUGCCUGCCGCAGCCCUCCUUCCCCACAGGAAAACUCCUACAUGUCCACCACCAGCAGUGCCAGCCCCCGGCAGCCCCUGGCAGUGCCCUCAGGAGCCCCAGCCCCAGUUACAGAGCAGCUCCAGAAAGGCCACAACCAGCCUGUGGAGAGUGACGAGAGUGUGUCUGGCCUAUCAGCUGCUCUGCAUUCCUGGCACCUGACCAUGAGCUGCCCCCCAGGCCCAGCCCUGCCAGACAGCCCUGGACAAGAGGCCGCCACGUGGACUCCAGCACCCCUUGGGCAGGACGGCUCUACUCAAAGGGGUGCCACCCGAGAGUUAUGGGGGAGUGGCCCAGGGCCCCAGCCCACAGCUGUGGAAGGAUCACUCCUGGGCAGUUCUGCGUCAUCACGGCCACCACAGAUUGUCAUCAACCCAGCGCGACAGAAGAUGGUGCAGAAGCUGGCCUUGUACGAGGAUGGGGUCCUAGACAGCCUGCAGCUACUGUCGUCAAGCUCCCUCCCAGGCUUGGGCCUGGAAUACCAAGACAGGCAGGGCCCGGAAGAGAGUGAUGAAUUUCAGAGCUGAGCUCUUCAUGCGGGCGGAUCCCCCAAACCCGGAAGUCAAAGUUCUCAUGGUUGGAAGUUCUCAUAGCACAUGAACCCUCAGGAGCCUGUGGGCAAUAGGGGUGGGGCCCCAGCUUCACAGGGCAGAGCAGGUGGUGGCCCCUGUGCUGUAGGGGUGUGGGCACAGGCCAGGCUCAGAGCCACCCAGGCCGCCUGCUGGAAGCUGGCAGUAGGGCAGGACAUCUCAGAGGCCUGCCUCAGUCCAUUUGGGGGAGAGGAAAGCCACUGUCAUGAGAGGGGUGUGUGGGGGAGGAAUACAUGUCUAAGGCUGCUGGCUGCAUAGGCCAGAGAGGAGAGGUGAAUGGGACCACUGGUACAAUGGGAUGCAGCAGGGAGCUGGCUCCCCUGAGAGCUGGACAAGGCAUUUGCAGCUCAGGCCUACAGCAGCAGCCCUUAGCCCUUCUCUUUGUACUUUGCUGAAGCCCUGGGGAAAAUUGGCCACUCUGUACAAUAGUGCGAGUUAGGCCUGGGACCCUCCCAGCUGCUUGCAAUGUGGAAAAGAGAGGUGUGGCUGUCCUAUGGUUCAGUCCACUAGCUAGAAAUGAGGGUUCUGAGAUACCUCAGAGAGUCCAGCAGCGCCUGCAUCAGGCCAGUGCCUGUAGGCUUCACUAAGGAGCUGAGAGCUAGCCUAACAUGACUGCCUGCUACCCAGGCCACUCCUGGAUGCUAUAGAUGGGUCCAAACCAAGUCAGCCUCCAGAGGCUUUAGGCUCAGCAUCAGGCCCAGGCACUGAUUGUGGCAAAGGGGCCACUGCCCAAGGUUCACCUAGGCCGGAGUCCUGUAUUACCCAGACAGAGAAGCCCCAAGGCAAGAAGUUGGGAUCAAGGCAGAGAAGGAGGAAAAAGAAAAUGGGACUCAGUUUGAGAAGCAAGUGAAGUUUCUUGAAACCCAGUGUCUUCGAAAGUAGCCCAGGGCUGUAGCACAGGCUUACAAUGAUUUUGUGUCCACAAUCAUGAGUCACACUACAUGCCCCACAAAGCUAGGCCUUGGUGAAGUCCAAGUUGUACUAGAGUAAUAAAAGCUUAUGUUUCAA